AAAAAAGUUCCUCCGCAAGACUUCGAUUUUCUCCCUCAGCAUCUCUCUUCAGUAUUCAAUCUUCCCACAGGAUCUAUUCUUAGCCGCCAAGAUGACGAAUGGAUGCGAAGCCCAGCGCCGCAAGCAAAAGCUCAACGGCAAGAACGCUGGCAAGGGAGGCACUUCGCAGCUGAAAGCCAAUGAGAAGGCCAUGGACAUCCAGUGCAAGAUCUGCCGGCAGCCUUUCCUCAGCACAGUGCGCGCCCCCGCCCUAACCCAGCACGCAGUCAACAAGCACGACAAUAUGAAGCUUUCGGAUUGUUUCCCCAACUAUGUUGAACAGGGAAAGAAAUAGAGAGGGCGUGAUCGAUAUAUAUAUAUAUAUAUCUUGAGGCUAUAUAAAAUACUCGUGACGAGAUAUCACAUCCACGGGGAUGCGAGGUAGUUGGGCGUACUGGAGCGAGACACUGGGGG